AUGUCUACCUAUGAAGAUGAACACAAUAUCACCCACCGUCAAACCACCCCAGACAACUCCAGAACUCACCAGACAUUAUCGUCAGUGAUCAAUUCAUUCAUCACUACCACCACCAAUGCUCCCGAUAUGAAUGAAAUCGCACAAGCCCUCCAAUCAAUGGAAGGAUCUAUAGCUUCUCAACUAGUAGAAACCUUACACAACGAAAAGAAACAAGGGUUAGAUGACUCAUACCUUGACAACUUGGAAAGAGUUAACGUUAAAGAUUUGGGUGACGACGAUUGCCCCAUUUGUACCAACAAAUUUCAAGACGAUAAACAUCCAUUGAUAGUUAAGCUUCCGUGCGGGCUGAAGAAAGGUCAUAUAUUUGAUUUAGAUUGCAUAGGCCCAUGGUUGAAGAUGAACAGUACGUGUCCGUUGUGUCGGUUUGACUUGUUGGACCUUCAAAAGCAGAGGAAGGAAAAGUUGGAUAAAGAAUUGAAACAGUUGAGGGAUGAGGAUAGUGAAGAGGAAGAAGAGGAUUGGGAUGUUUACGGGUAG